UUAAGACGCAGGCAGCGGCGUGCUCGUUACCAGGGCGACAAGAAAAUGACAAAACUCUAGGGCUCGUCUGUUAAACUGCAGCAGUGUGUGUGUGGGAGUAUCCAAAAACUCUGUGCACCGAGAAUUAACUCUCACCUCAACUCACAGCAGCAGCACACUCCGGACAUUACAGGUUAAAUAAGUUGUUUUUUUCAGUCACUAAAUGGAGCGUAAGAGGGGACCUGCUGCUUCUUCUCUACCGACGUUAAUUGAACAGUAAGCAACGCGACGUCUGAGCGCUGCAGGGUCGCAUGUGUGGAGAGAGGGGGGAUACACAGAUAAGACACAGACAAGGCUCGACUUUUUCUUGCAUGUAUUUGUUUUUAGCAAACUUUUAAUUGUCAUUCAGUUUGAUGCUGCAGCUCUCGUCGGGUUUUUAACACCAGCUCUCCGGACAUUCAAGACCCACUGAGGGAUAAUCCCAAAAGAAAAAGAAAAAGUAUGGUGAUGCUUCCUGCAUGAGCACAAGAAACAAAACAGAAAGAAACAUGAGCAAGAAAUAUGAAUCAGCAAACGUGUCUGAGGUGGAGGAUCACAUCUCUCUCAAGUAUGUAAUCAAGAAGAGGCUUGGAAAAGGGGCUUAUGGCAUUGUAUGGAAAGCAGUUGACAGACAGACGGGUGAGAUUGUGGCCGUGAAGAAGAUCUUUGAUGCCUUCAGGAACAGGACAGAUGCUCAGCGGACAUUCAGGGAAAUCAUGUUCCUCCAGGAGUUUGGAGAUCAUCCCAACAUCGUCAAACUUCUAAAUGUCAUCAGAGCGCAAAAUGAUAAAGACAUUUACCUCAUCUUCGAAUAUAUGGACACUGACCUCCAUGCAGUGAUAAAGAAAGGCACUCUACUGAAGGACAUCCACAAACGUUAUGUGAUGUACCAGCUUCUCAAAGCCAUCAAAUACCUGCACUCAGGAAAUGUUAUCCACAGGGACCAAAAGCCGUCCAACGUGCUGUUGGACACUGACUGUGUAGUCAAGCUGUGUGAUUUCGGCUUGGCCAGAUCACUCAACCAGAUCCAAGAGGACAGUGGGAAUCCAGCGCUGACGGAGUACGUGGCGACGCGGUGGUACCGAGCUCCCGAGAUCCUGCUGGGAUCCACAAGGUACACUAAAGGUGUGGACAUGUGGAGCCUUGGCUGUAUCCUGGGAGAGAUGCUGCUGGGGAAAGCCCUGUUCCCCGGGACCUCCACCAUCAACCAAAUAGAGAAGAUAAUGAGUGCCAUACCACACCCCAGCCCAGAGGAUAUUGUUGCAAUCAAGUCUGAAUAUGGAUCCUCUGUCAUUCAGAGGAUGUUACUGAAACCACAGGUUUCUUUGGAGGAUCUUCUCCAGCCUUCUGUGCCCCCCGAUGCUCUGGACCUGUUGAGAGGUUUGCUAGUUUUCAACCCUGACAAGCGGCUGACUGCUGAGCAAGCCCUCCAACACCCAUAUGUAUCCAGGUUUCAUAGUCCAGCCAAGGAGCCAGCUCUUAACUAUGAUGUAGUGCUGCCAGUGGAUGAUGAUGUACAAUUAUCUGUGGUUCAGUACCGCAACAAACUUUAUGAGAUGAUGCUGGAGAGGAGAACUAAUCAGGGGAUGCUAAGGCUGAUCCAGCCAAAGGGAGAAGGCAGUGAGAAGCCCGGUGUGAAGGAUAAAGUAGAGAAAGGCCCAGUGGCAGCAAAUGGCAGUGUGGAUGAUAAACACGAGGGGAAAACACAACAUGAAAAGACCGAUGAGACGAACCACGUACCUUCACACACAGGCGUCACCAAACCUGUUGUGCCCGCGUGUGCAUCAACCCCGCCAGCUGUGGAGAAGACGAGUCCAACAGCCAGCCCUAGCUUGGGAAAACUCACAUAUAACCCCAUCACACAUGCCCCAAAUGGUUUUGUUCGGAGUCCAGCUGGUCCUCCUCAGUACCACUACGCCACUGCAGCAGGCAGGAGACCAGUGGAACAGGCCAGUAAUGGAAAUGCAACAACAUCACCAACAGAGGGCACCAAUGCUCACUCCAUGGACCAGAUUCUCCAGCGUGGUCGCUCAGCCCCUGUGACUCAUAACCGUUCCUUCUCCUUGACCCUAAACCAAACCCAGAACAACCCGCUGGUUCGCAAAGAUGAGCCACCCCUGCCCUCUGGGCUAUAUGUCACAUCUGCACGCCUGAACCAGCGUUCAAAUCCUCAGGUUCGUGAGGCUCGGCCACCGACGCGGUUCAGCAAGAAAGUAUUUCAGAGCAACUGUAAUGUGGCAGCUGCGGGCGACCCUCGAGCCAAACUGGGAAGCUAUUCUCAGACCUAUGGUACUAUCAACAAGACUGAUCUGGACAAUCUGCUUCGAAGCCGCCCUUACAACCAGUAACUGCUGUCUUAUCAGCGGUUACAUAGGGGCACAGUGUGGCACACGUGUUUCAACACACAACAAAGCUUGUCUUGUACUAGGAUGUUAGGCACGUGGCAAACGGGGAAGAUAAAUUGGGAAGAUAAAUUGUAACUGUUAGGUCAAACACCUCUUGUAUACUGUGUAGAUUGUACCCAUUGUCUGUGACAAUGAAAACAUAUUUGUAAAAAUCCAGUUCAUAUUACAGUUAUCAAAUUGUACCAGCAAUUCAUGAAAAUAUGUAUAUGUGUGUAGUUUCUAAAGCAAGUUUCGCUCAACAGCAUUUCUCACAAGGCUGAAUUACCAACUGGGCAAAGAGGGGCUUCUUGCCCACUGUAGUGGUAAACCUGCUGGUUUUCAUGUUAACUUAUGUAGCUAAAGACCUCUGAGCUUAAUGGUUUAUUUACAUUAAGCCAGUUGGUUUCAGAUGGACACAGCAUAACUGUAAAAUAUGCAAAUAGUUGUUAAAAUGUAUUGUAUGCAACAAGGAAUUAUUUUUCAUGUGAAUACAACAGCAGUAAGUAAACGUUAUUAUCUAAUGUGUACAGAAAUGACAAAUGUAAAUGU